GAGGUAUGUCAGGCUCCUGGCCACAUCACGCUGAAGCAGAGUGCCUUCGCAGCGAAGGUGCUCGAAAAGGCGGGCAUGGCUGACUGCAACGCAGCUCAUGUGCCGAUGGAACCAAGGCUGAAGCUCUCGAAGAGGAGCACGAAUCCUCCGAUCGACGUCACGCUGUACCGCAGCAUUGUCGGCAGUCUGCGUUACCUCGUGCACACGAGGCCGGACAUCAGCUUCGCCGUUGGCAUGGUGAGCCGCUUCAUGGAAGCGCCCACCACGGAGCACCUGAGUGCUGUGAAGCACCUGCUCCGCUACAUUGCGGGGACGAUCGACACCGGCUGUUCGUUCUCCUCCGCGCCAGAAGGUGCACACCUGAUCGGCUACAGCGAUGCAGAUCAUGCUGGUGAUAUCGAUGACAGGAAGAGUACUACAGGUACACUCUUCUUCUUCGGAAAUUGCCCAGUGUCAUGGCAGAGCCAGAAGCAAAGGGUGGUGGCAUUGUCGUCCUGCGAAUCUGAGUACAUCGCAGCUGCGACGACGGCGUGUCAAGGUGUUUGGCUCGGCCGUUUGCUCGGCGACUUGCUGGGAUCUGCUCCUCUCGUCGCUAAUCUGCUCGUGGACAAUAAGUCUGCGAUCCAACUAUGCAAGAAUCCAGUGUACCAUGACCGUAGCAAGCACAUCGACACGCGGUACCACUACAUCAGGGACUGCAUUGAGGAUGGAACUGUCACGGUCGAGUACAUCGGCACAGAAGACCAACUCGCAGAUAUUCUGACCAAGGCACUUGGUCGCGUUCAGUUUCAAAAUCUGCGAGAAAGAAUUGGCGUCAUCAACCUCUACCGCAACUAGAUUAGGGGGAGAAUUGUUGUUUUAAUCAUGUUGCUAGUAGAGUAGUAGUAGCUAAGGUAGUAGAGUUCAAAACAAACUUGAACUCAGCCGUUGCUUAGUAGCUAAGGUAGUAGAGUUCAAAUCAAAUUUGAACUCCAUCCCUAGGAUAGACGGUUCCUGAGUCCUAUAUAAGGACAUGUACUCAUCACUUGUAAGAUAAGCUAUUACGUAGAGAAAUAAAUCAAGAGCUUCAGCAUCA